UCCCGCGAGACAGACGCGCAAGGCAGUGGCGACGAUGACUCUUCCCGAGAAACAGGUCUGCGCACGGACCACCCGUGAGCUUCGCCUGCUGCCGGCGCACACGCGCCCGGGUGCCUACGGUGCCUGUGAUUUGUCGUCACAAAGAUUUCGGACGAACGCUAGGGUGAAGACGCGUGGAACGAUGGAUCAGCAUGUGCUUUCAAAGCAUUCGUUUGUCACGACGUACCGUCAUCAUGCUCUCCUUUGUGGCUAGCACUCUAUCAAAGAGACGUUUCCUUUCUACAGUGCCCUCCUCGUCUCUCAAUCUAGAAGCUCUCGACAAGUGGAUUGUAUCGGACAAGAAACUCACCCUCUCUGACACCCUUCACCCUGAGCAUGUCUCUGAUCUUUACAUCACCCUCCCGACGCGCGACGGCACACGCAAGCCCUACACUGCACCCGCCAUAGGCAGUCCGCUGGGUUACGGUCAUCAUCUCGCUUUCUUCCACCCGCGCAACCCGGAGAACACGCUCCGGUGGGACGGUACAGAUGUAGACUUCUGCCCGCCGGAACCCUUCACCCGUCGGAUGUGGGCGGGAGGCAAGAUCCAUUGGAAGGCGCCGCUGCACGUCGGCGAGAAGGUGACCGCGUACUCUGAGAUGCGUGAUGUGCAGAAGAAGGGGUUCGAGAGAGGUAGCCCGAUGGUUUUUGUGAAGCAGCAGAUCGAGUACAAGCGAGAUGGGAGCGACGAUGUCGCAAUCGAGGAAGAGCGAUCCCAUGUCUAUCUGGCUGCUCAGGCAAGCAGCAGGGGCGUUAAGCAAGGUGCGUAGUCACAGAAGGGGACACAAGCGAUGGUGUUUCAUACCUGCAAAGCCAUGAGUGAAGCAAACGUAGCUCAUAGUAAGUUGUCACAGUGACGGGCAUGCCCGCUCCGGAGUUUUCGUUUCGUUAUCGUCCGAGUGCCACGUCCCUGUUCCGAUUCUCCGCAUUAACAUUCAAUGGGCACUAUAUCCAUCUUGACAAGGACUACGCACAUUCUGAGGGGUACACAGGUUCGUUGUGACUGUACCGGCUGUUUAUGUUAGCGUGCCUCACAUACUUCCGCAGAACGUCUUGUGCAUGGACCACUUACCGCUCUCAUGCUGCUGGAUACCGCCGUAUUCCAUAACCCUGGCAUCAAAUUUAAGUCCUUCGAGUACCGUGCACUCAACCCUAUGGUGAUCAAUAAAGAAGUGGCGGUUCAUGGAGCUUGGGAUGCCUCGGCCGACGGAAAGGCGCUCUUGGUGUGGGCGGUUGAUGAGGACGACGUAGUGGGGAUGAGUGGAAAGAUCGCUAUGUGACAAGUUCGCAACAUACGCCAUAGGAGUAAUAGAUUACCAUCGUUCAUAUCCAACAUAGUAGGCCGAACAAACCUGAUACA